GAAGUAAAUUCCACAUACGCUCCCCAUGGUUCACCUCCUAGGAUGGCGAAGGCAUACAAAAUCCGCGACCCGCCCAUACCCGCCGUACUCGCUGCCUGGUCUGGUUUGUUCUAACCCGUCUCUGUUAGGGUUAGGCAGGAGGAGUUGGUUAUGGUAACAAUGUCAGGGUAACGUUAAGCCAAUCCAUGGCAGAGUAAGAUAGAGUAGGGCGGGCCUUGCCUUCUCCAUCCUAGGAAAUAAAAUACUCUCGCGUACCGUUCUUGUUUUCACCGUUUUGACAGCUCGAACUAAACGUUAAAUUAAAUCUGCCUGCUUGUAUAUAUUUUGUCUUUUCUCCUAUACUUUCGGAGCAGUUUCCGACUUGAAUAAUCGACCCGACUAGCUGUAACAAUAACAUCACGGUCCGUGAUACCGUCAAGGAAGUCAAAAUGAGUCGCAGUCGGAACCCCCCUCCCCGGGGUCAAGGGGCAGCGCGAGCCAAACAGAUGGGGCUGCUUCUUGACCUGUCCCCGGAUGGAGGGAUGGAUGAUGAGGGAAAUGAUGAAGACCUGGAGGCAGAGCUGCUGAAUCUGGUGGGAGGAGGUGGAGGGAGAUCACAAGGAAAGAAAGCUCCUGUUCCCAUGGCUGAUAUAGAGCAAAUGGCAGCUCUUUGUAUGAAAGACCUGGAUGAUGAGGAAAUGGGGGAUGAAGAUUUGGAAGAUGAUGAAGAUCUGCUGGCAGAACUGAAUGAGGUUUUGGAGGAUGAUGAAGAACCAACUCCUGCUCCCACCCUUCCUGCUGUCACGCCGACUGGUCCCAAAGUGAGCGUCGCAUCCCACUCUGCUCCUUCUGCAGCUCCCAGGGGUGCGACUGUGUUGGAGUCUCUCCUGUUGGAGCGCAUUGAAAUGUAUAAGGGAGCCAUUUCCAAUGCCAAGGCUGCGGGGGAGACGAGCAAAGUUCGAAGAUACGACCGUGGGUUUAAGACUCUGCAGACAAUGUUGGCAUCUGUCAGGAAAGGAAAAGCAGUCAAUGAGGAGGAGAUCCCGCCUCCAGUUGCUCUCGGCGGAAAGCCCAACGUCACAGCAGAGUCUGAAUCGAUCAAGGAACGAGAACUGCCAGAGCCCACGCGGAUGCCCUCUCUGCCCACAAAUCAGAAACCUCUGAGGGAGGCUGCGCCAAAAGCUCCUGAUAUGAAGCCGCUCCAUCUGACCGUGCCCCAAAAGCCUGCUGCUGCCAUCACCCCGGAAACACCUGCCAUCUCUCCCCUCACCCCCAGCCAGCCCGACGCACAGCACUCCGAGCUGAAACAGGCUGUGUUGUCCAGACAAAGGGAGUAUAAGAUGGCGGCCAUAAACGCUAAACAGAGCGGCGACAUAGACCAGGCGAAACAGCACUACUUCACUGCCAAGAAGCUGGACAUGCUGGUGGAGGCUGUGGACAGAGACGAACCAGUAGACCUGAGCUCACUACCUCCUUCUCCUGGAGACGUAGUAGCAAAACACUGUGCACCUCCUCCUCCUCAGUCUUCCUCUAAACCUGCUGCCCCCGCUGCACCUGCACCCACCCAGGUGGCUAAUGCCGAUCUGCCUGCUCCCAGCAGUUUGGCAGAAGCCUUGCAGCAGAGAAUGGACGUAUACAAGUCAGCAGCAGAGGGAGCCAAGAGCAAAGGAGAUGAUCGUAAGGCUCGCAUGCACCAGCGCAUUAUCAAGCAAUACCAGGAUGCCAUCAGAGCUCACAAAGCUGGACGACCUGUCUCUUUGUCGGAUCUACCUGUGCCACCAGGCUGUCCACCACUUCAGGGCUCAGAGGGGGGUCAGCAGAACUUCAUGGGUGUCCUGGAAACGGCUAUGAAAAUAGCUAAUCAGGAUGCAGACGCAGAAGAGGAAGAAGAGGAUGGACAAAGAGAGGCUGCCAAGCCCACAGUGCGUCCACCUACCCAGAAGGCAAAGUCUCCAGCUCCUCAGGCCCCGGGAGGCUCCUCAGCUCCAAAACUGGGAUCUAAAGCCCAGCAGCAAGUGGAUUUACUGUUGCUAAGGCGACAGGCUUUUUUGCGUGCAGCGCUGCGCUCCAAACAGAUGAAGGACAUGACUGGAGCAGCGCAGUACCUCAGACAUGCCAAGGGACUGGACCCCAUGAUCACUGCUGCCAAGUCUGGCCUACCUGUCGAUAUCACCAAGAUUCCCAGUGCUCCAGUGAGUGAGGAGGACUACGCCCUGGCUCGCUCCCGCACCUCCCCUCUCUCCCAACGCUCCAGUGAACAGUACCACGGGCUCAUGGAUCUUUUGCGGAAGCAGCAUGAGAAAUGUUUGGGAUACUCUCAACAGCUCACACUCAUGGGCAAUGUGUCUGAGGCUCUGAAGUUUGAGAGGCUAGUUGAGGAGUGUAUGAAGAACAUAGAGAUACUGAAGAAUGCACACGCCAAGGGCCAGCCAGUCCCCAAGUGCCGCACAGAGGAGAGGACCUUCAACACGAUCAAGAGCAACUCCAACCUGACACCUAAUGACCUGAUACUGUACAUCAUCAAAGGCAUCAACCUACCAGCUCCCUCAGGUGUCUCACCCAACGAUCUGGAUGCCAGUGUGAAGUUUGAGUUUCCUUUUCCCAGCGCGGAGCGUCAGAGGGAUAAAACGAGCACAGUAAAGAGCACCAACAGCCCAGAGUUUAAAGAGAAUUUCAAACUCAACAUCAACCGCGCCAACCGAGGCUUCAAACGAGUCAUCCAAUCCAGAGGCAAGUUUGAAAUCGUCCACAAGGGCCUGUUUAAGACAGACAAAGUUGUGGGCACUGCUCAGCUGAAGCUAGAGGCUCUAGAAAACCAUUGUGACAUUAGAGAGAUAAUAGAGGUGAUGGAUGGACGUAAAACUACAGGUGGCAAGUUGGAGGUGAGGGUGAAGAUCAGAGAGCCUUUAUCAGGAGUUGAUCUCCAGCCAGUGACGGAGAAGUGGCUGGUGCUCGAUCCUGUGUCCCCCAUUUCUCCUCCCGAGAGACAAAAGGAACGGGCUCCAUCUCCUCGGUCUAAACCCAGACAUGAAUCGAGCAGCAGGAGCAGUCAUCCCAACAACUCUCCUCCGCAGUACAAACUCCACAGCUUCAGCCUCCUCAACUAUGACAGGGAGCGGCUGGAGAGAAAGAUUGCAGAGUACCGAAAGGCACGACGGGAUCCCCCAUCUGACCUCGUCCAUCAACACAAAGAGGUCACACACAGACUGCAGUGGCAGAAAGCACAGCUGGAGGGAGCCUCUUCUGCUCUACUGACAGAGUAUGAAAAUGUGCUGCGCCGCUCCGUCCAAGGGUACGCUGACUCUGUGAAGAAAUACUCCAGCCAGGGCAACAGGGACGCUGCCAAGGAAUCACUGGGCAAGUUGAAGAUGGUAGAGACUGAGCUGGAAUCGCUUAAAAGGAAACGCACAGGAUGAGAGGAGAGUAAGGGAGUGGAGACUUGGCUGGAGUACUGUUAUAUCAUCUCUCUCUCUCUCUCUCUCUCUCUCUCACACACUCCUAUACAAGCUUGAUGGUGUUUUAAGCCUCCAACGUCACCUUCCAGGCAGCUAACCCUCACCUUAACCCUAAACAUAACCAUUGACGCGCUGCCUGGAAGGCAACGUUGGGGGCUUAAAACAUCAAUAUUCAAACACUACAGUGGGUACUUUAAGCACCUUUAGUAUGAUUCUAUGCUGCCCAUGUCCAUGACAACUGCAUGAACCAACCGGACAAUUCUGUCAAUUGAUCAUAUAAACAAAGAAAGAAAUUAAAGCAAGCAUUAAAAUGUGUUAUGGGGGAAACAGGCUUAUUUGCACUUAGAGAAACACUAGAGAAAGCUGCUUUUAAAGUUCAUCUUUACAAACCUUACCUGUUCUGUUCAUUUUUUUCAGUCCCAUUUUUUCCUUUGAGAAUUGUUGGUGAAAGAUCUGUCAGAAGAUUUAUAAGUUUUACAUUUGGCACCAGCUCAGAGAGUCUGUUGGUGUCCACAGAUGACCAAAAAAUAUGUGCAUGUGUGCUCUGAAGUGUGUUUAACCUAUCGACAUAUUUUAUGUGUGUAAUGAGCUUAAUCUAAUCUGUCUGCUCCAGUGUUCCCAGAUUACAGUAAUCUGCUCCGUUUGGAGUGGUGUGAUAUGGGAAUAAAAAAACGGGGCUUCGGGGCGCCGCAGCCUACAUCCCAUAACGAGGGAUUAGUGUUUGUGUCACCAAGGAGACGACUAGAUCAGACGUAGAGUCGCCUUUGGGGCUGGGAAGAGGGGGUGUUAGCAGCGUGCCACGACUGUGGUAGAGGCUUAGCUCUGCAAAAGGAUUGCUUCUUCUUCAUCAUCCGCUGUUUCUUCGUUGUUGUGUUCUUCAUCCUCACUUUCUUCACACUAAUUCCAUAUAUUCAAAGAUUAUUCACAGUCAUGAGUAAUAGGCCGCUCCACUAGGAUCUUCUUUAAACUCUUCAAUAAUAUUAAGCCCAUUAUGUUGUCGAUUAGAAAAUAAUUAACAGCUGCUGCCUCAGCUUGCUGCUAUUUUCCAUAGAUUUUGGCAUAUGCAGUUUACAAAACCAGAUUCUUUCCCACUGAGAUCUCCAGUGGCAGCACAGUGGAUGCUGAAUAGUCUGCCCACAGAAAGACAACUCAAUAUGUGUCAGUGAGGCUGGGUAAUUGCUCAUUUCUAUUUCUGUUGCCCCAUAGACAUCUCUGUCAUACAGUAGGCGCCCUUGUCAUUCCUGUCUACACUUAUAGUGGCCGUGAAGUCUAGGGAACAAAUAUCAGACAAAUCCUGUAAAACUUUAAAAAGAUGUGUGACAAGUGCAGACACCUUGCAAUUAAUCAUUUUCUCAACAGCACUAGAUGUACAAAAACAGGAAUGUGACGAAUAUGUCUGUUUAGAGGACAGAUGUUUCCUCUGUGUGUUGGACAACCUGCUAACCUGACAGCAGAUUCUGUUGACCCACGUUGAUUGCAUGCAGCCGGGAUGUAGCAAACUAGUUUAAAUGACCCUUACUUCAUCUGACUCUUCAAUGUGGAUGAUGUCUGUUAACUCCACUAAUAGGUUUUUUGGUCACGUGACACAGCAGAGACUCAUGUGUUUGCCCUAAUCCACUCACUGCUUCACCCCAUUAGCAAAUAAUCCUGGUUAAAGUUGACCUGAUAUGGCCCUCCAUAGUCUGUGUUGAUUUUUUUUUUUAACACCCCUUCCCCCACUUUUUUUUAAUCUAUCAGGAGAGGAUAUCUUCUGACUCUUUGUAAAUGGUACGUUAUGGUGCUUUUGAUCAGCUGAUAUUCUUUUAGAUGGACAGAUGAUUGCUUAUAGUGGCAUGAUAACUUUUAGUUAAUUAUGAGGUGGCUCUGAAAGGACUACUGUAUGCCAAUGUGUGUUUGCAACUUUUAGCUCCUUAAUUACAAGUCAUGUACACUUAACAUUUUUGCUGACAAUUUUUCAAUGUAUGCUGCACAGUUUCAGAUUUGAUGUAUUUUCCCUACUAUUCCUGGCAGCCAUUAGUUUCCAUUCAUUUCAGUGCAGUAUGAAAAUCUGUUAGCAGACUGUUGAAACUUGCUUGUCAAACAUUUGGCUCAAACAUUAAUUGUUCAACAUUUAGUUGGGUUAAUUUAUGUUAUUUAUUCGAUAAAGACGGCAUUAACGAUGAAGAUUAAGAUGAUGUAACUUUUACAAAAAUGAAUGCAGAAUCAAUGAUUUACACAUUGGUUUAAUUGGUUUUCAUACUGUAUGGAAAUUAAUAGAAAUCAAUGGCUGCCUGAAUCUAUAAAAAAAAUACGACUAUAGAUUAAUUACAAUGCCAAAAAAACAAUGUCUUCAAUUUUCUUGUUUUGUUAGACCUCACUCUCCAAAACCCAGAGAUAUUAAGUUUACUAUCAUAUAAGACGAAGAAAAGCUACAAAUUCUCAGAAUUUAGAAGCUGGAUAUAGGGAAGGUUGUGUUUUGGCUCCAAAACGGAUUAAACAAAUUGAUUAUUAAUCAAUCGAUCAAUCUUAAAAAUUGCUGUGAUGUAAACUAGUUUGUAGUUAAUGGGCUAAAACAUGCAAAUCCACCACGUUGGUUCUUUAACAGAAAAUGUGUUUUUCUGAUUUACAAAGUCAAGUAAAUGGUGAAUAAGAACACAUUGCUCUGACAUAACGGGGGCUGAAGCACUCGCAUGUUUUAACGUGUUUAAACGCACACAGAACUGCAGCGAAGCAGCACUCCUUUCUCUAACUCCAAAACCUUUAACCCCAUGUCAACACACACACACACACACACACACACACACACACACACACCACUGCUUGAGUAACCUCUCAGCCUCUGAGGCUGUCCUGUUGUCAUAGCGACGUGCUCAUUAGCAUUCAGUGUGGUAGUUAGAUGGUCAGGACCCAGAGAGAGGGACAUAUUGUCAAAGUUUGUCCUGCUGGUGACUCACACUCCUUUUUUACAUUUACAAGACACCACACACACUCCUGACCCUUUUUUUUAUUUAGGUUGUUUGGCUCUCCUCUCUGUUUGAUCUACUCUGUAAUCUCACUGCACUCCAUUUAAAAAGGAGAAAGUUUGGUGAAUUAUUGGUAAUAUUUCUGUCCUGAUCUGCUGCAGUAAAUGUAUUGUUCGGGAACAUACUAUUCUUGAACCUAUUACAUUUAUUAAUCUAUUAAAUCAUGUAAGAGCAAUCAAUAUAAAUGUAAUAUUUGUAUACAGUAAAUACACAGCAUAAUAUACUCUGUCUCUAUUUUUACGUGUAAGUCAUGAUUUGUGCAGCUCAGACAGGGAAUGUAUGAAGGAAUGAUUGUUAAGGCUUUAUUAUGUAUGAGGUUGGUGUGAACAUGAAUAAAAUAUUGAAACAGCA